AUGAAUGGCACGCGCUUUCUCCAGUCAACAUCAUCUCAACCUCUCCACGGGAACAAAAUCGAUCUGGCGGAAGGCAGGCGAAUGGACAUUGCGACCAAUUCCAGGAGUCUACGAAGUGAUGGACGACUCGCCGCUUACAUCGUCAACACCCGCUAUGCCGCGUUUGCGGGCCAUCGAGGAAUCACCGUUCGGGACUUGUCCAUCUCGAAUGAGUGUGCAUACAGCAUCCGCUACGAGACGGGGAGACCACGAUUCAAUGCUGUCCUGGCCUUCUCUCCCACACACCUCAAUCUUCUCGCGGUAGCAAACGGACCGCAAAUCCUCAUCUUCGACGUCGCUGCAAGGAAGACCCGGGGCACUUUGAAGGGCAAUGGUCGUACUGUGAACUCCAUCGCGUUUGCUACCUCUGAGCCAAACAUCCUUGUGACUGGAGCUGUGGAUGGCAGCUUUUGUGUCUGGUCAAUUGACGAGCCAUCGCGGCCUUUGCAUCACAUUCGCGGUCUGAUUGGAGCAUGCAGCAAUGUUGCAAUCAGCCCUUGGAACGCCGACCAUUUGGCAGUCUGCCACAAGGAAAAGGUUUCCAUCUGGUCGCUGCCUGCCAUUCGUCCAGUGGCUGUGAUGAAAGCGAUUACACCGAAUCUGGAGCUCUUGAGCUGGUGUCCGUCUGUGCCCAAUACCGUCGCCGGUAUCUCAUCCAAUGGCGUUGUUUCGCUUUGGGAUAUUCGAGAUGUGCUGAGCGUCCCAAAGGCGCCAACGAUUUCAGAACUGCCAGACGAUGACGAUGAAGACGACCAUGCCAUGUUCGGCGAGCCGGACGAUGUUGAAAGUGCACCUUGCUCCACCCUUCAAUUGAAUUACCCUGUAGGACAAGUCCAAUUGCUCGGCCAGCGUGGCCUCGCCAUACUUCCACGUCAUGGGAAGACAAUUUUCUUCUAUGCAUAUUCCCAAGAGAUGAGUGAAUUGACGGAACUGUGGCGACUCAGCUUAGACGCAACCAUCGAGUGCUUCACGCUCCGCGAUCUUGGUACAUAUGUGAAAGCAGUGGCUUGUUUCCGCAGCACGGUACAAGACUACAAGGUUCCUACGCCAGUUCUUGAUGGAAUGGGCUGGUCAGAAACGAGACCAUCGCAUAUUCACAGCUCGCCCAAGAACGAAGCGUCCCCGCGCUCGAGAGCCUCCAUGAGACCAGAACGAGUUCUUAUAAAUCGCAUCCAGCGGAAAUCCGUCGUCGCGUCUUCCCGCCCAUUACCCUUGGACGUGUUUCGGCAAGAGCCAUACAGCUUCAGUCCCUCAAGGACAAUAGUCGCUCCUCAAAAGUCACGUUCAGAUGCCUCUCCAGCACGCUCAAUGAAGUCUAGCCUGGAGUUACCAGUCAAUCAUGAAGUGGAGGGAGGGAAGGCAACGAUGCCUUUUCUGUCCCCAACGAUUCCUGCCCGUCAGAUCCAUGAUACAUUACCGCCCCUUGACUUGCAUCUCCCAACCACUGCCCGCGCGUCUUUCGACUCCAUGGUUUCUUCCACAACAUUGGACAAUGACAGCGAUUCCGAUGACGAGACAUUCGCCGGGAAUAUGCGCAGUAGUGGUCUCCUGCCAGGUGGCGUCAACGUUCCGCUGCCUAGGACCUGCGGUGCCUCUUUUGGGGCGAACGGUCAGCUCUGCACAUUCUUCCCUUUUCGAGCUAGACCGCCCUCAUUCAUGGAAGAAGUCGAAGUGAUGGACUCUGGACAGGUCGGCACUCGCAUAUCGGAUGCCACGAGAUUCUUCCCAACGUUUGGAAACCUGGCUGCUACACUGCGCGUUCACGACGAGUCUGACUUGGGCAGCGUCGCAGAAUUAGCAGAGCUGGAUACCCCACAAUUUGCAAUUCAGCCCGCCUCUUAUGAAAGCAGGCCCUCUUGGAAGGCAAAGGUGUCGCCCAUCAAAGCGAGUUCCCGGCCUCUGACGGAGGAGCGCCACGUCAACGUUACGGUGCAUGAAUUGGGCUCGCUUCUGCCUGGUAGCAAAUCUCUGGCUGCGCUGUAUCGAAUGACAUCACAACUCGAUGAAAGCGAUGCAAAGCUGUGUAAUGAAAAUGCGGAAGCUGCUGCUGACGAGGGACUUUUCAAUGUAUCUGAUGCUUGGCGGGCACUGGCCAUAAUGUUGGAGCAUGGCCCGUUGCUUGAUGCCAAUGCCGCAGAACACUGGUCUCACAUGGUAGGCAUGGGCAAUCAAAGACCGGCCAUGUCGCGUAAUAUGUCCAUGAUCUCUCAACGUGAAGGUGAUUCCGACCCACCGCGCCAACAGCAGAGGCAGUGGAGAGGCCAUCCUCUUGGGCAGGCAUGGGCUGUCGAUAAGAUACUUGGAUGGGCUGAACAGAGAGCUGAUAUACAAACCAUGGCCUGCGCGUCUGCACUGACCAGCCGUGCAGCUGGACGCCGAGUGCCAGACUGUGAGCCACUCCAUUCCGUGGUACAGCCCGAGAUUCUGGCAAGCAGGCUUCUAGAAAUCGAUUCUACCAAGGCGCUCCACUCAAUACCUACGUUCCAUCGUCAAUCGGCAGCUCUUGCGAUGGUGGAAGAAUCGCCGCUAAAACCUGCCAUCUCUCGUACUUCCUCGAGAGAUCCAUCACAGCCCCCCACGCYAUAUCUCAACUCUUCAACAAGCACACCUCCGCUUUCAGUCUCGGCCACAAAUCGCCAGAAUGCGCGGCUUUUUGCAUCGGGCUCAGCUAGUCCGGAACAACAUCAUCGAAGCAGCUUUGGUGCCGCGGCGAAGUACUACGCUCAGACAAUCUCCGACAAGUUCUCAUCCUAUGGUUCCUCGCCUCCAACGAGAAAGUCGGGUACAAGUCCCGGGAACGAGCUAUCUUCGAGCCUUCCGACUGCUACUGGUAGCUGGAGCAAAUCCGUGUCCUUCGUAUCUAACUUGUCAGCAACGAAGAACGAAGCACGGAGACUGAGCCUCGCGCAAGAAGACGACGACUCCGAUAGUGACAAGACAAUUGACGACGCAAGCCUACCCCGGACGCCAAAGAUGCCGGUAACCGGUGUUUCUUACGUGACGAACCGGCAGGAUUUAUUCUUCGACGAGCUCGGUACUGGUGUGGGUGGCACCCUUUCCUCGCCACUGACGGCGGAAAGAGGAAAGCUCUGGUGCCAGUCAUACUCGGAGCAGCUUCGUUCGUGGGACCUUUUGGUAGAAGCCGCUGAAUUGGACAACAUAAACGACCUGGACGCGGCUUCAGAGAGUGUAUUUGGCGGGGCGCAACCGACCAUCUCACCCGAACCAGUGAUUGAUAAGGUCUGCACCAUUUGUGCCAUAUGCUACUGCACAAUUCGUGGCGCUGAGCAGUUAUGCCCGUCUUGCCUUCACACUACGCAUCCCAGCUGUUUAGAGCAGCUCGUGGAGGACUUGAAUGGUGCGCAGUUUACCUGUCCAACUGGGUGUGGAUGCGACUGCUCGGAGACUUCACCUUGA